AUGAAUUCUCUUACCAAGUUUUUUGCAAAUAGCUUUUCUAAGUAAUAGAAACUAGGCAAAUAUUCAUUUUCUUUUGUUAAGCCACCUAGAAAUACUAGCUUUAAGAAGCUCUAAGAAUCUGAUAUUAACUACUUUCGCUCCUUCUUAGAUUCACAUAGCAUUUUGACUGAUAAAGAAUCUAUCACUCCCUUCAAUUAAGAUUGGAACAAAAUAUUUCAUGGUGAAACCUAGCUUGUACUUUAGCCUAAAACUACUGAAUAACUUGCAAAGAUUAUGAAGUACUGUAAUGAAUAGAAAAUUGCUGUCGUUCCAUAAGGAGGUAAUACAGGUCUUGUAGGAGGUUCUGUCCCAGUUCAUGAUGAAAUAGUUGUUUCACUCAAUAAAAUGAACAAAGUUUUGAGUUUUGACCAAAACACUUAAGUUGUAACAGUAGAGGCAGGGUGCAUCCUUGAGGCUUUAAAUGAUUAUUUAAAACCUUUCAAUUGCGAAGUACCUGUCGAUCUUGCUGCCAAAGGUUCUUGCUAGAUAGGUGGAAACAUUGCUACUCAUGCAGGAGGUAUUCGUUUAAUCAAGUAUGGUCCUUUAAAAGCUCAUGUUUUAGGUCUCGAAAUUGUUACUCCAACUGGCUAAAUCUUAGAUUUAACUAAUACCAUGCGUAAAGAUAACACUGGUUUCGAUUUAAAGCAGUUAUUUAUUGGAUCUGAAGGAACUUUAGGUAUUAUUACAAAGGCUAAUGUUGCUGCUUUCAAAUAAGAUAAGUUAAAUAAUUUGAUUCUAGUUUAAUGCAAAGAUUUUAACUAGGCGUUAUAAGUAAGAAACGAGGCAAAAUCUUUCUUAGGCAAAGAUAUAUCUGCUUUAGAAUAUCUUGAUGGUAUUACUUUGGACAUAGUUUUAAACAAUUCAAGAGGGAAAACAUACAAUCCUUUUACAAACAUGUAAGAUAAUGACAAAAAGGCAUACAUUCUUAUCGAAAUUUCUUGCAAUUACAACAUUGAAGAAGUGGUAGAAAGAUUAUUUAACAGACUUGAAGAAUUGGGAAUUUAUGAGGAUAUGGUUAGCUCACAAUCAGAAGAAUAAUAUAAAAUGUUAUGGCAUUUGAGAGAUGGUGUUGCUGAGGCUGUUGUUCAUAUAGGAUCUAAUGUAGCUUAUGAUAUCAGCUGUGACCCUAAAUAUUUUGGAGAAAUUACAAAUAUUAUGAGAGAACGUUGCAAAUAAAUUGCAGAAACAACAAGUUGUGGCCAUAUUGGUGAUGGUAAUCUCCAUUUAAUGUUUGCAGCUCAUAAUGAAGAAUGUGUUAAGAAGAUGGAAGAAGAGCAUGAGAAAUUUUUAUAUGAUUGGGUAAAAUCUGUUGGUGGAAGCAUUAGUGCUGAGCAUGGUAUUGGAUUGCAAAAAAGACCUUACCUUUGGGAACAUAAAAAUUAAGUUGCUCUAGAUUAUAUGAAAAAGCUUAAGGAAGUUUUUGAUCCUAACCACAUUCUUAAUCCAUACAAAAUAGUAUGA